UCUACUCUCCUUCUCUACCCGAGAACAACCUCAACAACCAACAGCAUGUGUGGCUACUACGGAAACUACUAUGGCGGCCUGGGCUGUGGAAGCUACGGCUACGGAGGCCUGGGCUGUGGCUAUGGCUCCUGCUAUGGGUCUGGCUUCCGCAGGCUGGGCUGUGGCUACGGCUGUGGCUACGGCUAUGGCGCCCGCUCUCUCUGUGGAAGUGGCUACGGAUGCGGCUAUGGCGCCCGCUCUCUCUGUGGAAGUGGCUACGGAUGCGGCUCUGGCUAUGGCUCUGGCUUUGGCUACUACUAUUGAGGACGCCAUGGAAGACUCUCACCCUCUACACCUGGACACCAGGAUUCACCAGCUCUGAAGCCCUCAUGUUCUGUGCCUUUCCCCUGGGUGAUGGUUAUCCCACAGCAAGGAAGUUUAGUGUGGACUAUUCCUAGCCUACCUUCUAACCUAAAUUCUCUGAAUUUACAUCAGUAAGAGAUAUAAAGUGAAAUCCACCUUGACCUCAGAGUUUCAUCAAGACGGUGAUACCAUAGUAACUGACUUGAUGCCUUCCAUGCUGUCUUUGUCUUAACCUAAUAAACUUGUCCGAUGCAAACAGCAA